AUGGGAAACAUGCUUCUCACUCUGUGUCCAUGCUGGAAAAUAAUGGCACAAUAAUCAGCAAUAUACAGGGCAUUGCUGAUACGUUGGGUGAAACAUUUUCUACUUCAUCCAGCAAUAUUAUGUAUCCAAAAAAUUUUCAGGCUUAUAAAGCCCAAAGUGAAAAACAAUAUUUAAACUUUCGCUCCUCAUAUAAUGAGGACUAUAAUGUGCCAUUCACUAGCAUAGAACUACAUACAGCGAUCUCUCGCUCGGGGAAUAGUGCUGUAGGACCAGAUAAAAUCCACUACAGCAUGAUUAAAAAUCUGUCAAACAAUUCCCUUUGUAAUCUUCUGUGUCUGUUCAACAGAAUAUGGACAGAACAUACUUUUCCUGACUCUUGGAGGCUAUCUAUCAUUAUUCCCAUUCCCAAACCUGGUAAAGAUCACAACAAUCCCUCUAAUUACAGACCAAUCUCUCUGACAAGUUGCCUGUGUAAACUUUUUGAGAGGAUUGUAAACAGACGUUUGAUGUAUCUCUUAGAGAAAAAUGAAUACUUCUCACCACAUCAGAGUGGUUUCCAUAGGAACAGAAGUACCGCUGAUAACUUAGUAAACCUUGAAACAUCUAUACGUGAAGCGUUUGUUAGACGACAGCACCUAGUGUCUGUAUUUUUCGAUAUAGAGAAGGCUUAUGAUCGCUGUUGGCGAUACGGGAUACUCUGUGAUCUGUACGAAUAUGGGUUGCGGGGUAAUUUGUCAAUUUUUAUAAAAAACUUCCUACAGAAUCGAAGAUUCUAUGUCAGGAUGGGCAACACCUUAUCUAGGCUUUUCACACAAGAAGAAGGUGUCCCUCAAGGCUCUAUCUUGAGUGUGACUCUGUUCCUAAUUAAAAUUAAUAGCAUAGCUAACUGUCUUCCCCCUAGUGUGAAACACUCUUUGUAUGUGGAUGACUUUCAGAUCUCCUGCCAGUCUAGCAACAUGAGCUUUAUCGAGAGACAACUGCAAACCUCUUUAAAUCGCAUAGACCAUUGGUCCAAGACCAAUGGUUUUAGUUUCAACAUAGAGAAGACCUCGUGCAUCCACUUUUGCCGAAGGCGUGGUUUGCACUCGGAUCCUGAAAUUUACCUAAAUGGGGUUAAAAUCCCAAUGGUCAACGAGACGAAGUUCUUGGGAGUCAUAUUUGAUUCUAAACUGACGUUCUUACCACACUUACGCAAUUUGAAGAGUAGAUGUUUAAAAUCUCUGAACCUUUUAAAGGUACUGUGCUGCUUAUCCUGGGGAGCAGACAAAGUUUCUAUGCUCAGGAUUUACAGGGCCCUUGUCCGCCCAAAGCUAGAUCACGGAUGCAUUGUUUAUGGCUCUGCGCGAGAAUCUACUCUUCGGAUGCUGGAUCCAAUCCACCAUCAAGCAUUACGUUUGUGCACUGGUGCAUUUCGGACUUCCCCUGUCCAAAGUUUGUAUGUGGAUGCUUAUGAGCCUUCACUAUCUCUUAGGAGAGAACAGUUGUCUCUUUUCUAUUAUAUAAAACAGAAAUCUUAUACUAAACCUUCAGUCGAACUUACAGUAUCAGAUACUCAGCUUAAACGACUAUUUGUUGCUCGGCGAAGUAGUGUUCCCACAUUCAUCAUAAGAAUGGAGAAUGUAAGCAGCACAAUUGACCUUAACACAAGCAACAUCUCACAGGUUGAGGUUAAUAGUAUUCCAUUUUGGUCAACCCCAGUGAUAGAUGUUGAUUUAAGCUUAAAGCAGUUCCCCAAAGAAACCACGCCAGACUGCGUCUAUAGACAGCACUUCGCACAAAUUCAACAUUGUGACAGGAAUUUAAUUCCUAUUUAUACAGAUGGACCGAAGUCGGAUAACUACGUUGGCCUAGCCUUUGUUUGCCAAAAUGAAAUUGUGGCAGAACAAAUAGCACCGAAUUCCUCCAUUUUUUCUGCGGAGUUGCAGGCUAUUUAUUUAGCCUUAAAGUAUAUUAAUAGGAAAGGUCAUCGCUGCUGCGUGAUUUACACUGUCUCAGUUAGUGCACUUCAGGCUCUGAUCUCGUAUGAACCUUGUUCACACUCCGCAGUUACUAAAAUUCGAAAACUAAUUUGUCAUCUUACUAUGAGAAAUUUAUUUGUGAAGUUCUGUUGGGUCCCAGGCCAUGUGGGUAUAAGAGGUAAUGAAGAAGCUGAUACAGCUGCUAAGUCAGCAAGCCCUUCACAGCAUACAAUGCAUAUUGAAGGAGGUGAUUUGAAGCUGGUCGUUAAAAAACGACUAGCAGAGAGAUGGCAAAAUAUGUGGAACGCACAAAUCCACAAUAAACUACACGAGAUCAAACCUUUGAUAGAAAAUUGGACACACAAUAGGCAGUAUGAUAGGAGAUCUGAGGUUGUCCUUACUCGUUUGAGAAUUGGACACACUCGACUGACUCAUCAAUACGUUUUGAAGGGAGAUGACAAAGCAGUAUGUCAGUACUGCAAUUGUACCGUAAGUGUUAAACACAUACUUUGCAAUUGCGUUGCUCUUGAUCAAUGUCGUAGACAGCAUUUUGGAAAUGCAAGUUUGAGUGAGAUUUUGGGCAAGAGACCAAAUCUUGAUAAGUUACUGAACUUUCUUAAAGUUGACCUGUUUAAGGCUAGUGUGGGCAAUAAUUCUAAUCUGUCGAAUUGUCAGAAAUUACAAUAUUUAAAAUCAUCUUGUAGAGGUUAUGCUUUGAAAAUUAUAAAGUCACUUCCAAUAUUGGAUUCUAACUAUGAAACUGCAAUGGAACUCUUACGCGAGCGGUUUUCUAAUAAACGCGAGCUGGUAAAUGCUUUGAUCAAGAAAUUAAUAACCAUUUUGAGUAUCACUGAUUCAUCUCAGUCUAUAUUACAAGCUGUGGAUAUUACAAAUGAAUGCGUCUGA